AUGUUCAAAUCACUUGCCGCGAUUGCCCUCGGGGCUUCCCUGGUAGGCGCCCAGUCGCCGCCGGGAUACAUCCCCUCGUCGAACAACUACCUCGGCGUCGACUUUCAACUCUGUCAUCGUCAGCCCCGGCCACUUGGUCAACGCGUCGCUGCCUCGACUAGAAAGUGA